AGCAACGUGCGCGCCUAUGUGCAGUGGAAGGAGAGCAGCGUCUUUGCUGGCGAGGAGAUUGAAUGCAUCAUCAGCUUCAAAAACACCUGCGACGACGACGACGACCAGCAAGCUCCUGACGACAAGACGACGACCUCCCGUCACAAACCUGCCCAAAGACAGCGCACCGUAACACACUCGACCCAGCAGCUAUCGACUGCUCCCUCUGUCGCUCCCUCGGUCGCCGGCUCGAGGACGCCGUCACAUCGACCUACUCUCUCCUUGACCGUCUAUCCUCCGCCAACGAGCGCCCAUGCUAGAGUGCCCAGCCAUGCUGCCAGCAAUACCACUUCGACAAGUGCGCGCCAUGUCCAGACUCAUGGCCGCUCUCUGUCGAUCAUGUCCAUGGGCAGCGACAAAGCUGCCACGACCAAUUCCAUGAACUCGCGUCGUCCUCCUGCUCGUGGCCAUGGUCGUUCGGCCAGUAUGCAGGUCUUAUCGCGCACACCUUCGUACCAGGCUCCAUCCUUGUCUUUCAGCUCGUAUCGAAACCCAUCGCCGCUACAAGACCACCACCCGCCCUUGACCCGUCGUACUUCGGGCAUCCGUACUGCCCCCGGCACUCCUGCUUUCAAUUUCCCUUCGCCUACCACUGCUCAACAUCCUUCUGCAGCAAAUAACUCUCCUCAGAGACCUCCUUCUGCCUCCAACAUCAUGCCUCCGCCUUCGCGAUACCCAUCCGCUUCAUCUGCCUCUUUUCCUCCUCCCGAUCCUGCUCCACAUCAACGACCUCCUCAUCUCCCCUCUCCGAAGCUUCCAGAUGUAUCGCCCUCGCAUGCGAACCCGCUCUCACGCAUCAUAUCCGAGUCUGGUGCCAACGACACUCCUCGCACAAGCAGCGACUUCUAUUCACUUACAAAUCACUCAUCCGAGACUGUCUCUUCAGACGCGGCUCUACCACCGCCCAGCCGGAUCCUUCCCAAACCAAUCAACGGACGCAAUCACCAAGUUGCACCAACUAGCAUGCCUAGAAGCAAAGAGCCAGAAACCUUAAUGAUGGGAUACAUUCAGACCAUGGGUUCUUUCAUUCUUGAUGGCUCACUAGUCAACCAAGCCCCUUUUGAGGACGUCAAGAGAAAAGGUGUUGUGGGCGGUCAAGGCGGUGGUGGUGUCGUAGGCGUCGAAAAGUCAAAGCGAGAGAGUCGUAUGUUCGGCUUUGGUUGGAGCAACAUAGGCGAAAGUCUAGGUGGUCUCCUGGGUGGUGGUGAAAUGAGCAGUAUCAAGGAGAUGCGAAGUGUUGCAAGCUCAAAAACCAUCCCACUGCUCAGCACACCUCAAUCUAUCCUCUUCGUCGAUCUUCGGCUUGCUCCAGGCGAGACCAAGAGCUAUUCAUAUCGCUUUCGCCUACCACGAGGACUGCCACCCUCUCACAAAGGACGAGCUAUCAAAGUGCAGUAUCAUCUGACUCUAGGCAUUCAAAGGCCUGGGGGCAAACAGCAGGUCAAGCACAUAGAGAUUCCCUUCCGUGUGCUUGGCAGUGUUAAUACUCGGGGAGAAACUCUGGGCCAUGACUUGAUGUCACCUUACGUAUUACUGAGUGACAAGGCUAGAAGCCAAAGUAUUGCUAUAAGUGGAUCAAAGCCACAAUUCCCUUCAGCAAAGUCGCCAUCAGAACGAAGAGGGUCGUCUUCCCUGUUGGAAGACUUUCUGUCAUACACGAAUCAGCUGUUAGCACAUCCUCACUCUGAAUCUGGUGCACUACUCUCGCCGACUGCUGAAAAGCCGUCGCGGCGUAGAUCUUCGCUCGAAGACAUAACACCAAAUAGCAUGAAAGAAGCGAUAGAUAUGGCUAUCCUGAGGUCAAAUAUCUCUUCGGGAUCGUCAGACCAUAUAACCCAAUCAAGCAAUCGCUUUACGAUCGCUCGUGGUGGUCAGCUCGUCGCCAUAAUAACGAUCGUACGACCGGCCUACCGCUUGGGCGAGAUUAUCACGGGUAUCAUCGACUUUACCCAGACAACACCAGAGAUCGAAUCAGUGACAGACCAGAUCCCUAGUUACGGAAUCAACGUCUGGCUAGAAACGACUGAACGUGUGGAUCCGAGUCUGGCACUGCGAUCAUCAUCUUCCGUCCAGCGAGCAACAAGGAAGACCCAUGCACAUGUCAGUGAGAACGUGCUUUUCGCUCGGAAGGUGUCUUUCAGACUUGAAAUCCCUACCACAGCCACACCUACAUUUGAGACUACAGGUGUCCAGUUGGACUGGAGAGUAAGAGUCGAGUUUGUGACCUCCCGAGUACGACCAAAGUCUGCGUUGGCAGAAGCAAGAGAAAAUGAUCUGUUGGAAGAAGUUGGAAGAGAUGAAAGAGGUGUUGUGAGGAUCGCAAAAGAACGACUAGUCGCGGAGACAUUCGAAGUCUCUGUGCCUAUACGUGUUUAUGGU